CUAACACAACAUAUAAACGAUUGGAACAACGCAUCGCAAACACAACACAUAGCGCUGAAAGCUGCAAUUGUUCUCUUGGCAACGGCACUGCAAAAGCCAAGCGUAAAAUCGAAGGCAAAAGAUCACGAAGAGUGCUUGGGAAAACGACUAGCGCUAUGGAAAGAAGGAGAAGUCGAGAGCUUACUUCGUGAAGGCCGGUCCAUUCAAAAGCGUCUAGCAAAGGCUAAAAGGACGGAGCCUCCAAAUAAAGCGAAGAUAUUCGCCAAGUUGGUCAUGGAAGGUCAGAUCAAUUCUGCUUUGAGAUAUCUCAGUGAGGCUGAUUGUGAUGGAGUGCUGCCUUUGACUGACGACGUGAUGAGACAGCUUCAGGAGAAACACCCUGAGGCACAAGAGGCCAAACUUGGCUCGUUACUCUUCGGGCCAUUUGAGGAAGUGCACGAUUCGUUAUAUCAGCAGAUCGAUGGCGAAAUGAUACGCGAGACAGCAUUGCGAACCAAGGAUUCAAGCGUAUUUUCGCAUGUAAAUCGUUUAAGAAAUCAGGCGUAA